GAGGACACGGAAAUUUUGCUCGCAUUGGUUUGCAGCCUACUUACCGUUCCAGCGCCAGAAAUGGAUGUCCUUCUCGACGUGCUCUUGUCGUGUGAUGGAGAUGUUCAUUCCACUGCCAAACUGCUUAAUUCUGGCCAUGAGACCAGCUCUAAGCCAGUGAGCAGCGCCCAAAAAAGAAAGGAUCAUUCUGUGGAUCUGCAGGGCUGGUUAAAUACAGGCAAUCUAAAAGCCGAGAACACGGUUUCUGACAGUCCUCCUCGAAAGAAACGCGACCUCAAGGAC